AUGUCCAAACGAAAGAAGGCCAAGGGGAAGAAGGUGGAACUGGCCCCCACUGUCAUCAAGAAACAGGAGGCCAAGAAGGUGGUCAAUCCUUUGUUUGAGAAAAGGCCCAAGAACUUCAGCAUUGGGCAGGACAUCCAGCCCAAAAGAGACCUAACACGCUUUGUCAAAUGGCCUUGCUACAUCAGGCUGCAGCAGCAAAGAGCCAUCCUCUGUAAGUGGCUCAAAGUACCUCCUGCCAUUAACCAGUUCACCCAGGCCCUGGGCAGGCAAACAGCUACUCAGCUGCUUAAGCUUGCCUACAAGUAA